AUUUGAUUACAAGUGACAUCACAGUCUCCGUUCUUGGCUUCUACAUUUUUCGACUGGUAGUUUGUUUUUCGUUUCUGAUCAAGAGAUUGCGAAAUAAAAGAAGAUUUUGUGUUGCCCUCGUCCCGCCCCCUGGCUCUUAAAUUUCUCUAUUAUCUACGUGAGACUAUUGCGCAACCCCUUUAGUCGAAGAUCCGUUUGCCUAUUUCAUUCUCCUCAGUCGUGUGACUCAAACCAACUCCGUAAGUCACUUCCGUGUCAACAAAGUGUUUUCAAGUUCACGUCGUCACCAAACGAAUUUUUCAGUGUUUUUCGUCGUUUCAAAUCCCCAAAAUGUUGCGAAUCGGCAGAGUCCUUAAAGAUAAAUCAAAUGUUGUUGAAGCUCUUAUCAAUGGAGACAAGACAUUCAGGUUACUCUCAACCACAGUGGCUUCUCAUGGUGCAGCAGCUCCUGCUAUCAAGGAAAAGCAUGAAGAUGUCUCAAAACCAAAGCCAUCGAAAGAUUCCAAAUCUUUCACCAUGAAUCUAUUUCGCGGUGGGCUCGAAACCUCCCAAGUUUUCCCAUACCCAAAAGUGCUCAAUGAAGAACAAUCUGAAAUGUUAACAAUGCUGGUCGAUCCCAUGUCGAAAUUCUUUGACGAGGUGAAUGACCCCAAAAAAAAUGAUGCAGAGGAGAAAGUAGAUGAAACUACGCUGUCGGGACUCUGGGACCUUGGAGCUUUUGCUCUACAGGUGCCCCAAGAGUUGGGCGGUUUGGGAUUGUGCAACACUCAGUAUGCCAGGCUAGUAGAAAUUGUCGGAGCGCACGAUCUUGCUGUUGGAAUCGUUUUAGGAGCUCAUCAAUCCAUCGGAUUUAAAGGAAUCCUGUUGUUUGGAAAUCCGGAGCAGAAGGCAAAGUAUUUACCAAGAGUUGCAGGAGGUGAAAUGGCUGCAUUCUGUUUGACAGAGCCAGCAUCAGGAAGUGACGCUGCAUCCAUCAAGACUCGCGCAGUGCUCUCUCCAGAUGGCAAGCAUUACAUUCUGAAUGGUAGCAAGAUCUGGAUCAGUAACGGAAGUUUUGCGAAAAUAAUGACCGUUUUUGCUCAAGUGCCUGUGAAGGAUGAAAAAACUGGGGAAGUCAAAGACAAGGUAACAGCAUUUAUUGUCGAGAGAGAUUUCGGAGGCGUGACGUCCGGUCCACCCGAAAAGAAAAUGGGAAUCAAAGCUUCAAACACAGCCGAAGUUUACUAUGAAGAUGUGAAAGUCCCUGUAGAAAAUGUUCUCGGUGGUGUUGGUGGAGGAUUCAAGGUAGCGAUGAAUAUUUUGAACAACGGAAGAUUCGGUAUGGCAGCAGCUCUUUCUGGCACCAUGCGAGCAGUUACAAAGAAAGCCGUAGAUCAUGCAACAACUCGUGUUCAGUUUGGAACAAGAAUCGACUCUUUUGGAACAAUUCAAGAGAAAAUCGCUCGAAUGGCUGUUCUACAUUACGUCACAGAAUCCUUGGCAUACAUGAUCUCUGGAAACAUGGACUCAGGAUCCCAGGACUAUCACCUUGAAGCAGCCAUCUCAAAAGUUUUUGCUUCUGAAUCAGCAUGGUAUGUCACAGAUGAGGCUAUCCAAAUUUUAGGUGGUAUGGGCUUCAUGAAAGAUACUGGUCUCGAACGAGUUCUCCGGGAUCUCCGUAUUUUCAGAAUUUUUGAAGGAACGAACGACAUUCUCAGGCUAUUCGUCGCUCUCACAGGUAUUCAGUAUGCCGGAAGUCAUCUGCAAGAGGUAGCCAAGGCAUUCAAAAACCCAACAGCUAAUCUUGGUCUCAUUUUCGAUGAAGCGUCGAAACGUGCUUUCAAGAAAGUUGGUCUUGCCUCUGUCCCAUCUCUAGACAGUCACGUUCACCCUAGUCUAAGACCAGCUGCUGCCAAAGCUGCAAAGAGCACAGUGCAGUUUGGAGACACUGUAGAGCAUUUACUCAUCAAGUACGGUAAAAAAAUUGUGAAUGAGCAGUUCCUCUUGAAUAGGCUUGCCCAAGCUGCAAUCGACAAUUACACAAUGAUGGUUGUCCUGUCCAGAGCCACCGACUCAUUGAACCGCAAUCUUCCUUCAGCAGAACACGAACGACUCCUCACUGAAAUUUGGUGCCAGGAAGCUUCAGAACGAGUAGCGGCCAAUUUAGGUGCCAUCCAAUCCAAAGAUAAAAUAGACCUGUACUCAAAACUUAGCCAAGCAGCAAAGAAUAUCUGUGCCAAUGGUGGCUUUGUCCAGCAGAACCCACUCCAAAUCUAAAUGUCUGAUUAUGUGGAUCGUUUCUACGAAAUGUGGAUUUUUACAUCCAAAUUAAAAGGCUGAUACUGUGAAUUACUACAAGUACCUAAACAGUUGGACAAAACUCCUGCUGGAUAAAUAUUUGUGUGGUUUACUCAUCCAAACUCCUAGAAGGCUCUAAAAACAGUAGUUUAAGAUUACCUAGUAUUAAAUAUAUUAAAUUUAGUUUCAAAAGAAUAUAAACCAUAUAUCCUUAUCUGGUUAAACCUUUUAAAAAAAUUCAAUUAUUGUACAAAAAAUUCUGCACAAAAUUUUAAUGAUCUACCAUUUGAAAAUGUAACACUAUCUGUUGAGCUUUACUUGGGAUUUUCAAUUUAAACCUGGUGCAUUGUUAAUACUAAUUUUCAGCCCGAUUGUGAAUCAUUUUAAUGUUUUUAGUAUUAGAGAUCUAAUGCAUUUGUGCAAAAUGAAUUAAUCGUCAUAGCAAUCAGAUUUUUUCUUUUUGCGUAAAUACGUCGGAUAAGUUUUAUUUCUAAGCAAACAGUAUCAGGUUUUCUCUGUGGGUAAGACCAUUAGAAUAAUUUUGUAAAUUUUAUUUUAUGCAUGAUAGGUGUUAUGAAUUUAGUCUUGACUAACUUUCUUGGCAGUAUGGCAUGAUUUUUGUCCUAAUACGACUUUUCUAUCGCUCAAGUACCAUUUCUCCCCUAAAAAAGUUUCAAACCAUGUCAGGAAUUUUUAAAAUCCUUCCCUUUUUGAUAAUUUUUAUCUAUGCUUCUCUUGAAAUGUCGGAGUAAAUUUUCUCUUCUACCAUUUGUACAGUCAAUUCAUGAUUCAUACCGCCGCUUAAUUUAAAAAUAUGUAAUUGAACCUUUUUAUAGUACAUCCAAGUGUAAAUAAUCAAUUGAUGAUAACUGAUGUCUGUGCAUCCGAUAAAUAAUGAAUGCAUCUGAUUUUGUUGUAUCUAGAAAAAGUUUUUUUUAUUUUUUUAAAUAAAUCAAUUCUCUUGUUGUUUCCUAACGUUUGGCAUACAUCUACCAUUUUUCUCACUCCAGAACUUUUCCACCAAAUCUGUUUAAAUUAGAUGAAAUUACAAUGUCUGCCUCUGAACUUCUUACACUUUAUAAAGGCUCUGAAUAAUUUUAGCAAUAUCUUCAUCAGAUAACGAAGUUAAUUUGGCUCUGACUAAUUCUCAAGUAAUGAUGUUAACCAGCCGCAUAUCAAUACGCACAUUAUAUUCUAACUACCUACAACAAAAGUUUUUGUUGAUUCUCCGUGAUGUAACUGACUUUUUUUCAGCAGAAUAAAAAAGAAAGCAUCACUAUUCUAAUAUAUAGCAAUGCUUUCUCUCUAUCAGCUGCAUUAAGCAUUUGGAAAAGAAGAAAUUUCCAAUCCUUCUAUGAUCCAAGAUUUGCGAAGUAGGCGUAUUUCUUAUUCAGUGAACCUUUUUCAGUAUGAAACAUGUCACUGCGUUAUCCUCGGCAAUGUGCUCCCUCCUUUCAACAUGAUCAAUCGGAACAGAUAUAUUAGAGAAAAAUUUUCCAACUAAUAACUUCAGCUUUCAUGUACAACAGGAGAUCCCUGUUAGCUGUAACUUUUCUUCUUUAUUUUUGUAUGUUUAGUGAAAAUUGUGAUGUCCAGGCACUCUCAAGUCUGACCUCAUCGCACUGAAAGUUUACUUUUCUCCCACCUGUGUGGUACAAAAUAAUUAAAACAAUUAUUUUUGUUGAAA